CUGACUGGAAAAAUCCGAGAAAAAUAGUUAGAAUGUAGAAAGCCCACUCAAGUUUCGAUUAAUUUACAAUUGAGAAGCUUUUGAUAAAGCAGCAGAACAUUUGUGCCGACGAGUCGGUGUCGCAUCAAUAGUUACAUUUUCACAUCACAAGAAAAGGCACCACAAAAAUCAUGAUCAAGUCCGUGUCGCAUGGCAAGGCCUCGAACAAGGCCGUGGAAGACCAAGACCAGCAGCGGGUGUACGAUUUGCACCGCAAGAAAAUUACCAACGUGAAGUCCCGCAUUUGCUCGAACUGGUCCGAACGGGAAGUGCAGAAGCUGCAGCCUUCCCUCCGGAACGCAAAGCGAGACCAGCUGCAGUCCGAGAAGCACUCGCAGAUUGAGCGGGAAAAUUUCAGGCUUUUGCAACGGUAUAAUAAGUAGUGUGUGAUGAACAAGGGUGUGAAUGUGUCGCGUGAAGUAGGUGCUCAAUAAAAUAACUCUUUGUUGUUGUUCAUGAUUCUGCAUCGCUAUCGCACACAGCUGUUUUUUCGUCGCUCGUAGUAGUUGUAAAAAUCUGUUGUACAUCAAUCACGAAGCCAUCGAUGAAAACAAAAAACGAAAACACGCACGAAGGUUUAUGGAAAUUGAUGGUGCCAAGCCCAAAACCACACGCGCUCCGAAGACGCACUCGAUGCCAGCCGCGAGGAGAGCGGAACUGGAACGGAUAGAACGGGAGAACCAGGGGUUACUGAAACGGAUCACGACGCAAAAAUCGACGAUUAACACGAAAAAGAUGGAAUCAGAGCACGAGAACCAACAGCGAAUCAUGCGUUUGCGGUGUGUGGAGGCCGGGCGCUACAGAGGUCCAAACGCUGUCGGGGUGCCGGGGGCGAGGGGAGUUCCGGGUAGUUGAUUUUUUUUUGCAGGAGGACUCUUAUGCGAAAAGUACGUUCUCGUUUUCCUUUUCUUUUCGCAAAUCUCAAUUAGUUCUACGACCAUAGUCAAUGACACUUGUUCUAAUGAAAAACUACAUUUUGCUCUCGCCCAUUUUUGAUCUCCGCUACCUCCACGCUACCAUGACCAGGUUCCGCGAGCAAUCAUGCCACCGCCCCGGGCCGGAAAAAUCAAAUGAAAAUUGACGCGGACGCACAUGAACUGGAUAGUGAUUACGAGGAUGAUUUCGAACAGGAGGAGAAUUACGACGAGCUCGAUGCUGACGAAAUGCAAAAGGUCCGCAUUGACCAGCCGAUUGACCGCCUGAUCAAUCGCGGCCGACUGUUUGAAGAAGCCGAAGAUAAUGAGGACGAAGAUGAUGAAACAGUAGAUGUUGAUGAAGCUGCUGCUCGUCCUGGUGUGAAACCAAAUGAAGACCAAGACGGCCAUGAUCAACAACAUCUUCUUGAGCCGCACAGCACCGAAACGUCUGCACAGCACGAUGUGAGUAUGCAAGACGAGGAAAUUCAAUCAAAUGUGGAGCAAGAAGAUCACCCAACGGACGUCGAAACCCUAACCGGAAGCACAACCACUCGUCCGGAGCUGCACAAUAUCAAAAGGAAAAAUCCCCCCUCCCCAUACCGAAAACGUGUCCGUCUGAAAAUUUGCGAUGCGCAUUUGUGACCUCAAAUCCUGUCUGUCUUGCAAGAAGGCAAGUCCAAAAAGCGUUCCGCAUUUUUCAGGCGGUUUGUGAUGCUGUUUGGCUCAGAGCGUGCACGUUUGUCAUGCUAGGCGCCUACGUCAAAACCGCUCGGCUGAGGCUUGGCAUAUGCCUGGAGUCCUCUACUGCAAGACAAAUCUGAUUUGUGUAUGGAAACCCAGCAUCAGAAACUUCGUUUCGAUAUGGGGAGGGGGCAUUUUUCCUCAUGAUACACAACGGCGCGGAAUUCGUUCCCUCGGCCGGUAGUUCUAGUAAAAAAACCACACCUGCUGCAGGUCGUGGCGAUAAAGCCGCGGGAACCAACAUAAUUGCCGCGAUCGGCACGACGAGAACUACGAGAGCCGGCGAUGGGGGCGAGAAGAACAGUAGUACUCCUGCAGCUCCUUACGAAGACAAUGACAACACUUUAAACGAAAAUUACCCCGAAGAUCAACAACAAAACGAAAACUCCUGCUCCGAACAAGCCCGUUCCCGAAGUUAUUCGACGACCGAAAAUCUUCACAAUAGCAGCUCUAGUACUACUGCAGCAGGACCACCAGCAGUAGCCCAACUGUCCGCGAAACAGGAAAACAAGCGGCAGAGGUUUGAACUGGACAGAGCGCUGGCCCAGUUAGAAGAAGAGUUCGGCGAUAGCAUGGCGUCCAAGGUGAAAAACUUGAACAAACUACUGCCCGGAUUGAAUGGUGGUAAUAGUAACAAUGCUGACCAUCGAAUGUUGUCCGGAAUUGCACCAGGUGGUCACAAUAGAUCAGGCCCCUCGUCGCGGACGGUAAGUAAGCAACGCCGCAACAGCCUGCCAAAAGCGCCAAGCAGCUACAGCUCCGCUGUAGAUAGGCGGGCGGCGGGGGUGUAUAACACCAGCACCAACAAGUCCUCGGCGGGGGUUGCCACCGGGAAUAAACUACAGGGUAGAAAUCAUGAUCAUAAGUACUAAAUGUAAAUGUGGAUGUGAUGGAAUAAAUAAAAUCGAGAUCAUGCUUCGUGCUUGUGCGUUAUUGGCACGACUUUCGACUUGAUGUUCUCGACGAAGAUUCUUGCUUUCGCAACAUGAUGCUAGAAGAGAUUUAAUGUUCUGUUGCCUCGAAUAAGAAAGAGUAAGAACCUCAAUUCUUGUUUACUCCACAGCAACGCCAUCAUCCGGUCUCCCCCCGCCGGCGAAGCAAGCACCGAAGCCGGACCAACAUCCCCCCGCGGCCAAACCAGAAGUGACCACGGUUUUCGUUCCUGCCGGGUUCGGGCGGAGCGCGCAGUUGGUGAAGCAGAAGAAAACGGAGGCGACGUACGGCUACACGAAGCGGGCCCCUGUGAAGCCGGCGGAGGAAAUUUUGAAGGAAGCCAUUCUGAUGGAGGAGAAGCGGAAGAGGGUCGGGAGUUUUGACACCAACGAUUUGUCGCAAAUCAAAACCGCGGCGAACCAGCACUACCAGGCGACCAAGGAGUACUCGCACUCCGAAAAGGAGCAACUGGUGAACCAAGCCGACGACUGGGGCAAGCAAGUGCUGCAGAAUCAGGAGAUCGAGCGGAAUGCGGUGACGCGGAAAUAUGAUCUGUACAAGGACAAGGACCCCAACCAAGCGGGUGGGGCAAACAUGAAGCAGUUCCGGGCGGUCGCGGUUGGGGACUUGCCGAAAUUCCUGGAAAAACAGGAAAUGAGAAUCGGGGGGAAGGGGGAGAUCAAGCAGGAAAUAACGGCUGGUGCCGCUGCUCCUGCUGCAACUGCUACGGGGGACAUGAUCGCUCCUGGGAACGAUACUACUGAUACUGUAGUAGUACCAAGAACCACGGACGCAGGAGAUCAUGGGAAUAAAGCACAACAAGCAGCUGCGAAGAUCCAAACAACCUUCAGUGCAACCGCGUUAGACCUGAAGCUGGACACGGUCGAAGACGCACAGCGCGCCGCGGACUACUUUUUGCACAAAGGCCAGGCCGAAGUUCGCCGAGACCUGGAGUUGAAGAAGCAGGCGGGGGAGAGCGUGCAGGAGGAGUUGGCGAAACUGCGGAAGCGGGCCAUGAGUGGCAACGGAACCAUUUUGGAUAGUGACGGUAUUCCGACGAGUAGUACAACUUCUAGAAAAACGAAUGCCUUGGUUCUAGAGGGAAAAAAACUACACGAUCAAGAACCUCGUGCGGACCUGCAGUCGAUUUUGCGGAACAUGCGGGACAUCCACGGGGUGCCAAUUUCCGAUGCUUUCAACAGCAGUGCGGAUUCUUUGCUGGAGAAGAAUGUAGAAAACCAUGACCACCAUCACCAAGAAGUCGCUGUGAAAAUAACGAGUAGUGAACAAGGCCAAGGGAUGAAUUUUUACAACCCAGAUGUGGACGAGCAACUACUAGAUCCGGCAGCACAACAAGGCGCAGCUGUCGAACAACCCACCGCGACAACUUCCGGCUCCAUUUCUUCCUUCCUCCAGACUGGAGCGCGCGUUGACGAAAGAACAAAAAUAGCUCCAGCAGAAGUAGAGCACGAUGGGCAGGUGGAUCAUGAAUCUCAACCAGUAGAAGGGUCGAGUUCUUCAUCCACUUCAUUUGUUCCAACCACUGGUCCUCGUGCCAGGUCUAAUCAUGCAGGAGGGGGCACAGCACCUGCAGUAGAACUACAUGCUCUUGGACCAAUGCCAUCAAUAGGGGCGGGAGCAUCAAGUACGGAACUACUGUCGGAGCAAAAUACUACGGGUUGCUCCCUUUCGUACUCGCGAACGAUCGCAGCGGCAGGCACAGCAGGUGGCUCAUCUUCGCUUGGACUUGGUGGCGUUCAUCUUGCAGGCGGGGAAUCUCGUAGUAAUGCCACGGCUGCACCAGAAGAAUUAGAAAAUGAAAAGUCGCACCAUCAUCUUGCACCGUGGUCUACUGCAGAUGAAAAGACUUCUCCGGCGGUUGCUACUCAAGACGAGGUCAACACGAUCGGAAAUCUUUCUGGAGGUGGAACGAUAAACCUCCCGGAUGAGUACGAGCUGAAAGUUUCCGCGCUCGAUCUGGCCAUGGACGUGGAGGCGCGUAUUCGGGAAGCGGAGCUGAUGCUGCGAAAUACCGCUCCUGCGUCGACAGGGGACGACAAGGAGCUUGCUCCUGCAGAGCCGGAGGGGUCGUGAGGGCGAGACCUCCGACUUCUUCUUCGAGAUUUUGGAUUGGCGGUCCGGUUUCUGUUUGGAUUGUCUGCACUACUUCUGAUCUGCCCGCAGGCGUAAGUCGCGGGAACGCGAAGGGAGAACUUUUUUUGCGCACAGAUUUGUUUUCUGUUUUGGGCAGCAGCCUUCAGCCCCCUUUACCCAGUGAGCUCAACGAAAAAUUUAACUUUGAUUGACUUUUUUGUAUGCUUUUUCCGAGAACUGGCGCUGGAUCAGGUUGGCGCCGAUUUCUUUGCCGGAUGGUACUGUUGAAUUGCGAUGACGUGAUUUGAUUUCUUGCUUGUAGCGCGAGUCGCUGUUCUUGCCAAAGACCUGAGACGUUGUCGUGCCUACCUCUGAAGAGAUGUUGUCGUGCUAAAAACAAG